AUGGUAGUCGAGGCUCUAGUUCCUCUUCUUGAGUGUGACAUGCAAGCUGUGAAUGAAGAUUAUUCACCUUUGCUAAGAGGUGAAACGAAGAAGAUCCAUUCUUCUAUCGCCCGAGAUAACAUGCAAAACCGGGAACUUUGGAACAAUGGACUUAUUUGUGCUUUUGAGUUCAUCCGGGGAUCUCGGAAAAUGCAAUCAGCAGCAGCAAUUAGAGAGGUGACUAAGAAGAAGGGUUUUCAGGGUAAUCAAAAUGAUUGCUUAGGGAGGAGAGUGGCUAGUGGAAACAGCUUGCAUGAAUCGAUUUUGCCAACUGAACAUGGGGUUGGGGAUGUUGAUUGUUUGAGUGACCAUGGUUGCAGUGGCCAAGUUUACCAGCCACCACAUUUUCAAGGCAAAGAGGCUCUUCCAAGGAGUUACUGGAGACCAAUUGGUUGGGAUAGAAUUUGUGAACUUGUCCAGGCUGUGCAUGGCGAUGCUGGUUGGGCUUUACAGCCGUUUGAUUUCACAGAUGAUGAGAGUGAUGUUCCUGUUGCAGAUGUGGCAACUCCUUAUUGGGAGCGGCCAGUGGGUCCCAUUUGGUGGUGCCAUUUGGAUGCUGCUGAUCCAUUUGUUACUGCAUGGUUUGGUAGCUCUCGCUGGUUGCAUCCUGCUAUCAGUAUCGCUUUGCAAGAAGAAAGUAGAUUAAUAAGCGAUCGAAUGAAGCACCUUCUGUAUGAGGUUCCAGUUCGAGCUGCUGGAGGAUUGCUAUUUGAACUUCUAGGGCAGUCUGCUGGUGAUCCAUUUGCUGAAGAAGAUGACAUUCCCAUUGUAUUACGAGCAUGGCAGGCACAAAACUUUUUGGUGACUGCUUUGCAUGUUAAGGGUUCUGCAUCCAACAUCAACGUGUUAGGUAUUUUAGAAGUUCAGGAACUGCUGGCUGCUGGAGGUGCUAACAUACCGCGCAGCAUUCAUGAAGUUGUAGCACACCUAGCUUGUCGACUUGCACGUUGGGAUGAUAGGUUGUUUCGUAAACACAUAUUUGGGGCUGCAGAUGAAGUUGAAUUGAUGUUUAUGAACAGGAGGAACCAUGAGGAUUUGCAUCUAUUCACUAUAAUAUUGAAUCAGGAAAUUAGAAGACUAUCAACCCAGGUUAUAAGAGUGAAAUGGUCACUCCAUGCACGAGAGGAGAUUGUUUUUGAACUUCUUCAACAGUUGAGAGGCAAUGCAACAAGAGCAUUGCUGGAAGGAGUAGUGAAGAGUACAAGAGAAAUGAUUGAGGAGCAAGAAGCAGUUCGAGAUCGCUUAUUCACAAUCCAAGAUGUCAUGCAAAGCACAGUCCGUGCAUGGUUGCAGGACAGAAGCCUCACUGUUACACAUAACUUAGGAGUAUUUGGAGGUUGUGGCCUUAUUCUGUCCAUAAUAACCGGACUAUUUGGCAUAAAUGUGGAUGGGAUACCUGGAGCUUCGGGAGCUCCUUAUGCCUUUCUUCUAUUCUCCGUAGCUCUCUUUGUGCUAGGAGCAGUGCUAAUUGGAAUUGGAUUGCUUUAUCUUGGGCUGAAAAAACCCAUCGUUGAAGAAAAUGUUGCAGUGAGAAAACUAGAGCUUCAAGAGCUAGUCAGGAUGUUUCAACAUGAAGCAGAAACUCAUGCGCAAGUACGAAAAACAGUGCCUCACAAGGAUCCUCCUCAAACUGCAGCAGAGAGGCCAUCAAAUGGUGCAAAUCUUCGUUUCAUGAUGACAAAGUUGUUCGGUCUAUAG